AUGUCUACAUAUCUGCAUGGACUACAGAUGGAGGGCGAUGACACGCUGACACGCAUCGUCAAGGCGCUGGCCAGUGGCAUCGCGUCUCGUCAGCAUCAGUUUCAGCAUCGGGCCUGUCUCUCUGGUCUGUCUGGUCGAAAACUGCCGGAUCAGCAGCUAACUAGCCUGCACAGCAAGGUGCAAGGUGGAGGCGGGCCGGCCCAGCCAACUGACCUGGCCUUGACCUUCACACCGCCAGCACAGCACGACGGAGACGACGACGACGACGACGACAACGAAGACAACGAGAAGACGAAGAAAAAGAAGACGAGAAUAGACGACGACAUGGCACUCGCUGUGCCGGAGGGCGGCCUGACGCUGCAUCGCGACUCUUCCUCCUCCCAGUUCCUCCGCCUCAACCUCCCCAAGUCGACCCUCGCAGACCUCCUCCACGUCCUCAACGACCAGUCCUCGCCUGCUGCUGCUCGUCUCCGGCUGGGAAAACAUCCCUCUCUGCUGAUAAACUCCAAGUCGACGCCCUUCCACGCCUGUCCCCAGACCACUCGCUCAGAAAUCUACCAGCAUGGCCCGGACGGUGACGGUGACGGGCUCUACUUCUCCGGCAUCCUCAGCCAUAGCCUGGAGGUGCAAAAGGCCAAAGAAGCAACCGCUGCCACCGACGAAGCACUCACCAACCUUGAACGCUCUCUCAACGCCUUUGAAAAGGGCAAGGAGUCUCGCCGGACGCCGCUGAUUGCUACCAUCGACCAGAUGAGGGCGUUGGGGGCCGGUGACAACAGAUCUGCAACGGGCAAGGAGGCGGCUAGUCUGGCGAGAAAGUCGACCAGCAGGGCUGACCAGGAGAAAGAACGCUUCUUCAAGAACGCCAAUGCCUCCAGAUCCACGCCCGCGAGCCCUGCCCUGCUGCCUCUCUCCCCUUUACCCUCUGCCUCCGCUGCCCAGAGCGUGGACAAGGAUAGCCUGCGCCUGGAGGCCAUACGGACACCGCUCAUACACCUACUCGCCAUACGGCCCGUCUCUGCCAAAUUUCUCGCGGCACGCACUCGCUGCAACACGGCUGACAUCCUCUCCCUGACGAACAAGCAUUGUACGCCCAACCGCCUCGACGGGUCCAAGUUCGACCUCAAGGACAAGGCAUACAAGGACCUGGAUGUCUGGUCGUUUCCUUACCCGUCUGACGAGGAGAGAGCGGAGGUGAUCGAGAAUGCCAUCUCGGCGUUUGAUAGGAUGCGCAUCUCCAAGGGCGACAGGCUAUGGCAGAUGCUUCUGCCCAGGCAGGAAAGGGGGAAAGGAAAGGUCCUCUCACGGCUCAACCUGCGCACCCAGCCACAAACACAGCAGACUCGUGUGCACACCCAGGAAGAAGGCGGAGGAUACGGUACCGGCAACGAGUCGGAGGGUCCAACGGCGGUCGAUCCAGCCACCGCUCCAACGUCCACUCCAACGCUGCCACAGACACAAACAACAAAGCCCACGGCGACAAAGAAGAGAGCCCUGGAAAAGGCCCUCUCCUCGAAACGCGGUCCCAAGCCAAAGACUACGCCUACCACUACGCUGACGGGCAAGGUGACCAAGAAGACGGAGAAGAAGACGCCUGCCGCCGGUGCUGCGUCGCUAAAGUCGCGAGAUCUCGAUCGUUUCAAGUCUGCCGAGUUCGUGCUUGACUCAGAUGAGGAUGAGGCGAACAAUAGCAAUACCAACAGCAACAACAAGCCUGCGUCGGCGCCCGCGCCCGCGCCUGCAGCUACGACUGCAGCAGCAACAUCGACGGCACAACGCGGUCGGCCGCCGAAGACAAAGAAAGCACCAGUUAAACGGCCAAGCACCGCAAACUCCGGUGCAGCAGCAGGCACGACAAAUACGACUACUACUAGACCAACCAAGGCGACAUCACCGCUCAAACCGUCUCCGUUGGGCUCCUCGCCGCCCACCAAUGCCUCAGACGUCGACACCCAUAACCGCCCAUCCAACACACAAUUGCAUUCACAGUCAUCCAGCUCUUCGUCGCCUCUAAUCCAUCAUCUCCCUCGAAAGGCACCAGCAGCGCAAGCCGCGAAAGGCAGACCUACACCUCCAUCCACAUCCACAUCUGCAUCCACAUCUGCAUCCACAUCUGCAUCCACAUCCGCCAAGCCAGGCGCUCUCAAACGAAAGACCAGACCGGUGGAAGAUACCCGCCCACCCACCACAUCCGCCACCAUCGGUCUAGGAAUCCAUGCAUCCGAACCCAAACGCCGACGUCCAUCCUCCAUCUCAUCAACAACAACUUCUUCCCUCUCACAGCCUGAAUCUAUGAAUUCCGCUUCAGGCUCUGGCUCGGCAUCCCCGCCCAUCUCGCAGACAAUACUGCGGGCCCGACUACGGUCCAAAUCGGCACAGUUCAAACAGUAUUACGCCAAGUACCGUCUGCUGCAUGAGGAGAUGACCAGGUCGCGCAACGGAAAGGACUUUGACAUGGACGUGGAUAUCGAGCAGAUCCGGAAACUGGAGAGACAGCAUGCACAUCUGCAGAAGAUGAAACAGGAGAUCUGGGAUGAGGAUCGGAGGUUGAGGAUGUCUUCGUAG